AUUCCAGAUUCAACACACCAUGUUUGGCAACGGAGUUACCAUUUCUGUGGAACCAGAAAUUAAUUAUCAUUUGGAAAAAUUAAUAAGAGAAAGCGCUAUAGUCGAAGAAACAAAUUACCACCAAUGUCCGUAUAACGCAUAUCACAAGAUCUCUGAAGGGAAACUUCCGGUCCAUUUACCAAAAUGUCAAAAGUUAUAUAAAUCUGAUAAUAAAAAAAUCUGUCCUUAUAAUAUAACUCAUAUAAUAGAUGAGCAUGAAUUAGAGGCUCAUUUGCUUACCUGUGAGACCCGUCCUAUCUACGAUCGUUAUAUGAGAUCUCAAAAAUUAAAUCAAAACAACGAUGUACCAAAAUUUGAACCUCUUACUUCAAAAACGUCCUGGGAUGAUGAGCCCCCGGUUUUGACGUACAAUCCUCAACAAUAUUGUUUGGCCAACCCAGUUUGUCGUAGCUUAAAAGGUGCGUCUAGGCUUCGCAGGCUAGCAUUUCGAAAAUUCGAACGUAAGCGUAUAGCGGCCAUAAAAGCUCGUAUUAGUUCUGAAAUUUAG